UUGUGGGAUAUGGACCAUCGUCAAACUCAGUCAUGUCCACAACUGAUGUCAGUAUAGAAGACACUUUCUCAUUGGAGUUUAUCAUCACUAGAGGAUAAGUAUAAGAUUGCUACAUUACUGUGUGUAUCCAAUUUAUUUCACGAAACAAGUAAGGUUUCAAGAAAUUCCACAGCGCUUUCUGUGAUAUGACAUCAAUAUUGACACUAAUAUUGGCAAACAUAAACUUUGACCGCAAUCACUAUGAUAUAUCUUUGACGAUUUCCAAUGUAUGUCUUGCAGAAUACAAAACAUCGUUGACAACACCAGGUCCUGUGCAAACAGUUCGGGCAACAGGCCACACUUCAGCAAAGGUCAAAACACAAUACCCAGAUUAUCUCCUGGUCGCUGACCAAAGCGGGAAGGGUUAUCGCCUGAAUCCGAACAAUCACAGAGUGAGAAAGUUUUACUGGAGACCGCAUUGUAACUACUGGUCAACAGAGUAUGACAGGAAGCUGGUAUACUGGAUGUGCGACGAGGGAGACAUGGGUGUAGGGAAACUGAUUUCAAAUAGAAUUGUUUACCAGAAGACGGUACCAACACCAGGUCAACUUACUUUGCGUUGGUUUGUCGUGGACUCUUCCUUUGGAGCAAUAUUUGCAUCAGACUUUACCAGGAGGUGCAAGAUAUACAGGAUCAGUUGGAAGCGACAGAAAUUUGGGAAGGUAUCUCUUCUCGGGUCAUCUAAGAAAAAGCAUGAACGUAGUACAGCAGACAAGCAAAAAAGGCACCUCUACUGGGGAGACGUACAUCUACAUAGGAUCAACUACGAUGGAAGUGGAAAGAAGUCUUUCAUGAAGAUCCGUAUAGUUCAUUUUGCCAUCGACUUCAGAGCAAACCACAAUCCUAUCAUGUUCGGAUGCAAAAAGUCCCAGUUCACCACAAUGGAGCUGUCUCAGAAGCCCACUGUCCUGACGCAGAUAGUCAUGCGUGGUGUGAAUUGCGAGAGACUCUUUGUUAUUGCGGGGUCUGCCUACUUCAGAAAUCAUAAUCAAAGAGGUCUUACUCUUGUACGAGACGAGAAGAAGAGAGAAGUGAAAUGGAGGAAACAGAUACCAAUAGAUGAUAUUAUCUUCGUAACUCCCCUCUGCUGACGAUGCGGCCAGUACCAGCACACAACUACUAGCCUGGCAACAUGUCUUA